AUGACACCGUGGAGAGGUGGCGAACUACUAGGCAACAACACGUUGAAUGCAUUUGAUGCUAUAUCAGCCCUGGCAGCCGCUGUGGUUGUCGUGCUUUUGGAGUGCAGCGUUGUGUCUGGAGUCCUAACUUGGACUUGUCCCGUUGGUUCGUACUGUCUCUCACCAACAGAAGUAGCUCCUUGUCCUAGUGGAUUUAUAUGUCCAGUGAAUUCAGUGCAGCCUCAGUAUUGUCCUGCUGGAUAUUGGUGUACUGCUGACGGAAGGUCGUUGAAUCGCUGUCCUGCCGGGAAUUUUUGUCCAAUGGGCUCAAUAUCACCAUUGCCAUGUAACUGGCUGUCAUACUGCCCAUCUGGAUCUAAAAACUCGUCAAAAUACGGGACGAUUUUACUGCUCAUGCUUGGAUCUAUCGUCACAUACUUUCUGUAUAUAUGGAGAGAACGACACAUUCGUGUUAGAAGUAUGAGGCAGCAGCUCAAGAUUGAAAAUAUGAUGCCGAACGUACAAGCCGAGGAAAUCCAACUCUCGAAAGUUGAAAAGAUUGUGGAUAUUAAAUUCGAGAGUAUUGGACUGGUGUUGCCAAACGCUAUUGAAAUCUUGAAGGAUGUGUCAGGUGAUAUCAAGUCCAAUAGGCUUUGUUUGGUUAUGGGACCAAAUGGAUCUGAGACGACGUCGUUUCUGCACGUGCUCGCUGGUAGACGAAGGCGAACAUCUGGCAGUAUGUGGGUGAACGGAAAGUACGAAGACUUGUCUAAAUAUAGGAAGCUCAUUGGAUAUGUGCCACGAGAGAAUAUAAUAGUACCAGAGCUGACAGUAACCGAAGUGCUGAUGCAUACAGCUCGUAUGCGUCUCCCGACUUUCUACAAAAAAGACGAGAUAACAAAGCUCGUGUCAGACAUUGUUGGCCUGAUGAGAUUAAGGCCCGUCCAACAUUCCAUAGUCGGUAUCGAAGGAGAAGGUGGAAUACCGGCUGAGCAUCGAAAAAGACUUAGUAUAGCCAUGGAAUUAGUAGCAGAACCAUCCGUGCUCUUCCUCGAUCAUGUUACAGCGGGUCUAGACUCGUCAGUGGCACUAGAAAUAUGUAGUUUGAUACGGGAAAUAAGUCAUGGAUUAGGACUAACGGUUGCAGUAUCAAUGCAUUCCCCCACGCCGGCUAUCUUUAGACAGUUUGAUGACUUGUUGAUGCUCGGACGAGGAGGGCAAGUGGUUUACCAUGGGCCUCGAGAACGCGCCAACUCGUACUUUUCCUCAAUUGGAUUCCCAGCACCAACAACAGAAUCAGAGCCAGAUUUCUUUAUGGCUGUAAUGACAGGCCAUGUCCCAUCGAGAUACUAUCCGGAAUUCCAUCCUUUUGAUUUACCCGCUUAUUGGAGAGAGAAACAACUACAUGACAUCGACAGUAAAGCCAAGGCGCCCAGGACGAUGAAGCAAACGAAAUACACAUCGUCUAUGAGAUGGGGAGAGUUGUUGAAGAAGCCUGAAUCGGCAGUUACGAUGCCAUUAAUAAUGAGGCCUCUCUCUGAAGCUAGUAUAACUGUAGGCACAGCCAGUGUCGAUGAUGCCGACUCUAUAUAUCUAGCACCUAUAGCAUCUCCUGAACCCAACUCUCCUCGACACUCUUUAAUGUCGUCCAAUGGAUCAACCAUGAUUGAUGAAAAAGAGUCUCGAUCACCAUCACCGACAAUGUCAGCAGGUAGUUUCAGACCAACACAUGUAGAUAAGGUAGAUCCUUUACCGGAUGGUUACAAGGUCCGUGGUGAAGCACUAGUGUUAUGGGCUAGUCAUUCUGGAUCCUCGAUUGGAAGCAUCUUUUACGAUCUGGCUAUAUGGUGUGGUGAUGUGCUGAAAGAGCUCAGCUUUGAUGUCGGGAGGUGGAUUCGAGGAUGGGUGUUUUAUUUAAGUGAUCCGAUACGUAAAACGCCUGGAGAAACGAAACAGUUUAUAUAUCUUUUGCACAGAUCUAUGCUUCAAACAUCAAGACAAGGUGCAAGUCUUGCACUCUCCCAAUGGCUCCAUUUCGGCAUGGGACUCUUUGUAUCAAUCGCAAUCCAAAACUCUACAUAUCUGGGUCCAAAUCCCAGCCAGAUAUGCGCGUGGGUGCCGUGGACAGUGUCUCAGAAUUGUUUAUCGCCGAUAGACCAUCUACGAGAAGCAGGUGUCAUAAUAUGUCUAGGAAUACUGUUUUCGGGCAUAAUAGUCUCAUCAACGACAUUUGCAAGGGAGCAAAAAGUGUAUUGGAGAGACCAUUCUCGAGGCAUGUCUACAUUGCCGUACUUUUUGGCAAAAGCUUUAGCAGAUCUUCCCAAGCUGAUAAUAGCUUCACUCACGUAUACACUUGCGUUGGGAAUAUUCUUUUCCUUCAGAGAAGCAUGGUACCACAUGCUGUUCAACGUUGUGCUAAUGUACAUGGCAGCGUUUGGUAUUGGAUAUUUCAUAUCUGCGAUUGUGCCAUCCUCGCAACUGCGUCUUGUUGGAGGAGGCUUUGCAAUAGUUUGGGGGUUAGUAUUCUCGGGACUGAUACCAACACUAGAAGACAUUCAAACGUAUACCCCUCUUGCUCAAUUUGUUUGGAGAAUUUCUGCAUCAAGAUGGGCAAUCGAAAUAUUUUGGCUGAGAGAGGUCGAUGCUUCAGCGUUUGGUAGUAAUCGGCCUCCAACGCCACCAUAUACCUACCGCUGGUCUGACUAUCCUGCUGCUUACUUGUACAUGUUCUAUAUCGCGUUGGGAUGGUAUGCUUUGGCCUUUGUGUCUAUGAAACUCUUUAAUCGGAAUAAGAGAAAGACUGCUUAA